GAAGUCUCCGCACUUCAGAAUGUGCCGUCGGUGACCCAGUGAUUGAAUGCGCAGGCGUAAGGGUCGCCGUAACGCACAAAUAUCACGCAUACGCUCAGUGGACAAAAGACUCUGGAGGAUCGACAGCAGGUAGGAGCGGGGCUGUGGGUGGUCGAUUUCAUUCGCCCGGGUGUCUGCACUCUGAAUGAGGAACAAUUGCUGUGAGCUCCCGAUACACAGUGAGACUGGUCCCGGUGAUUUCCGUCACUCAGCCCCAUGAUCCGUCUCACAACCCCGGCGAGUGAUUUUGCUGCAAACAACAGGAAUUCUGCAGAUGCUGGAAAUUCAAGCAACACACAUCAAAGUUGCUGGUGAACGCAGCAGGCCAGGCAGCAUCUAUAGGAAGAGGUACAGUCGACGUUUCAGGCCGAGACCCUUCGUCAGGACUAACUGAAGGAAGAGUUAGAAACGGCAAAAAUUUUGUGUACAGGAAUCUCAAACACAACAACACACCAGUUUUGCUCCCUCUGUCCAGAUAUUUAAGGAAUGACCAGAUAUUUCCUUUAUAACAUUCAUUGUUGAUCCUUGAAGAUGUACCUCAUCCCAGCUGGAAACGUACUUCGUGUCUGAAAUGAUAUUUUUUGUUGUAACUCAGUGAAAUCCACUGGAACCGGGUGCAGAGAACACACCAGCAUUUGUUCAUUAGAGAGAAGCUCUUCAACUGCAUUGAUUGUGCGAGGGAUUCACUACGUCUGAUUUCUGGAGUAUUGAUAUCAGUCUGGGAAGAGAUUCACUCACUCAGCUGACACGCAUACACACCAGUGAGUUCGCAGUGGGAAGAGGCCAUUCAUCUGCUCAGGCUGUGGAACGAGAUUCACUCACUCAUUCAGAUUGCAUACACACCAGUGAGUUCACACUGGGGAGAAACCAUUCACCUGCUCAGACUGUGUGAGGGGAUUCACUCAAGUCAUCUGACCUACUGACACACCAGUCAGUUCACAUUGGGGAGAUGCCGUUCACCUGUUCAGUCUGUGGGAAGGGAUUUCCUCAGUCAUUUCAACUGAAGGUACAUCAACGAGUUCACACCGGAGAGAAGCCGUUCACUUGUUCUGUGUGUGGGAAAGGAUUCACUCAAUCGUCCAAUCUUCGGAGACACCAAUCAAUUCACACUGGGAAGCGUCCGUUCACCUGCACAAUCUGUGGAAUGGGAUUCAUUCAGUCAUCUGACCUACUGGCACACCGGUCAGUUCACACUGGGGAGAAGCCAUUCAUCUGUUCAGACUGUGGGAAAGGAUUUCCACGGUCAUUUCAGUUGAAGGUGCAUCAGCGAGUGCACACGAGGGAGAGGCCAUUCACCUGCCCAGACUGUGGGAAGGGAUUCACGCAGUCAUCUGAACUGAAAGUACAUCAACGAGUUCACACUGGGGAGAGGCCAUUCACCUGCUCAGAUUGUGGGAAGGGAUUCACCCACUCAUCUAACUUACAGACACAUCAGCGAGUUCACACUGGGGAACGGCCAUUUAUCUGCUCAGUCUGCGGGAAGGGAUUCACUCAAUCAUCUCAGCUACUGGCACACCAGUCAGUUCACUCUGCAGAGAGGCCAUUCACCUGCUCAGAAUGUGGGAAGGGAUUCACUCACUCAUCUAACCUGCAGGCACACCAGCGAGUUCACUCUGGGGAGAAACCAUUCACCUGCUCAGAUUGUGGGAAGGGAUUCACUCAGUCAUCUCAACUGAAGGUACAUCAGCGAGUUCACACGGGAGAGAGACCAUUCACCUGCUCAGAAUGUGGGAAAGGAUUCACUCAGUCAUCCAACCUACAGACCCAUCAACUAGUUCACACUGGGGAGAAACCGUUCACCUGCUCAGAUUGUGGGAAGGGAUUCACUGAGUCAUCUCAACUCAAGGUACAUCAGCGAGUUCACACUGGGGAGAAACCAUUCACCUGCUCAGACUGUGGGAAGGGAUUCACUCGGUCGUCUAAUCUAUUGGCACACCAGCGAGUUCACACUGGGGAGAGGCCAUUCACCUGCCCGGAGUGUGGAAAAGGAUUUACUCAGUCAUCAAACCUACUGGCACACCAGUCAGUUCACUCUGGGGAGAUGCCGUUCACCUGCUCAGACUGUGGGAAGGGAUUUCCACGGUCUUUUCAACUAAAGGAACAUCAGCGAGUUCACACUGGGGAGAGGCCAUUCACCUGCUCAAACUGUGGGAAGGGAUUCACUCACUCAUCCCACCUACAGACACACCAGCGAGUUCAUACAGGAGAGAGGCCAUUCACCUGUUCUGUGUGCGGGAAGCGAUUCACUCAGUCAUCCAACCUGCGAAGACACCAGUCAGUUCACACUGGGGAGAUGGAGUUCACCUGUUCAGACUGUGGGAAGGGAUUUCCAAUGUCAUUUCAACUGAAGGUACACCAGCGAGUUCACACUGGGGAGAGGCCAUUCACCUGCUCAAAUUGUGGGAAGGGAUUCACUCAGUUAUCACAUCUGCAGACACAUCAGCGAGUUCACACAGGAGAGAAGCCGUUCACCUGUUCCAUUUGUGGGAAUGGAUUCACUCAGUUAUGCAACCUGCGGACACAUCAGUCCGUUCACACUGGUGAGAAACCGUUCUCCUGCUCUGAAUGUGGGAAGAGAUUCACUCAGUCAUCCAACCUUGUGACGCACUACCGAGUUCACACUGGGGAAAGGGUUUAAUAAGCUGCUUGCUGGAUGUUUAACCAUCACAGUUGCUGAAUUCAGAGGCAAGUUCAAAAGUGACUGUUGAACUCUGCAAUUAUUGCUGCUGCUCAUCACACUCAGUUCUGUACCCUGGUCACCGGGCAUGGGAGGAGUUUCUUCUGCUGAUGUUCCCCUUUGAUGGGACUGGAGUUUAAUAUUCUGGAUCUGUGACUAAUAAAUCAGUUCUAUUUUAAUCACUGUCUCAGGUGCCUAGUGAAUCUACAAUACACCCAGUGUACAGUAGGAAGUCAACUCAGCCCAGCUGAUCCCUGUCAGGGUUUCCGUUCCACGGCAAUCCUUUUAAAUCCAUCCCUGCUGUUCACCUCUCACACUCCCUCUGUGAUACAUUCCAAACAGUCACCACUCUGUGGGUGAAUUUCCUGUAUGAAUUUUGGCAGACUGAAGAAGAAGAUAAGCUGUCUGUAGUUACCUUUGACAUGUUCUUUGCUUCUCAAAUCCCUGGGCUGAAGAAGAAUGACGUUGAUAGAUAACCUGCUCCUUCCCAGAUCUAUUUAACACUUCACUGUUUCCAGAGGGCUGUGUCUCACAUUGCUGGGUUGUUAGAAUACGCAAAUGUGUUCUAAAAUCUGAAAGCAGAGUGGCGAAUUGUUAUUUGGAUGUUCAGUGGAGCAGGGUGAAGAACCAGAGAGUCAGCAUAGGUCAGUGUGUGGGGCUCCGGACAGUGGUUGGAGUAAGAGAACAGAAAGGGGGCAUGGUGACAAAUGACGAUGUAGCAAUAUUUGGAAUCUGAUUGACAGAAAAAUAACAGUUGACGUUUCUGGCUGAGACCCUUCAUCGGGACAGGUCAUCUACAGAUUUUCUUGUUAGUUCCAAGUUGCUGUGGCAGUGAGAAACUAUAAGAUAACUUUGAGAUAAAUGGAUAAUGUGAUUUUCUACCAAUUGAAGUGGAAUGUUGAGAUCAUGACCAAUGUUGAGAACCACCUGAUGUCCAUACCUUGGUAGAUAAUGGGAAUAGUCGAGACUGAGGCCUAAAAGAAAGAACUGGGUCCAACAUCCAGUGAGUUGAAAUGCCAAUUAGCUGAAUGAGAAAAAGACAAACUCCUUGUGUCACUUUUGGUUCUUUAACAAAUCACCUCUGUUGAAUGUCAUCUGAUUUUGGAUCCUUCUGCUAAGUGAGACCAUUGUUUCUUCUGUCUGCAUGUAUAAUGAUAACGAACACCUCUGUCUUGGGUAACAAGUGACCUGUAACAUUCACACCACAGAAGUUCCAGACAUUACCAACCUCCAACAAGGAAGUCUAAUCACCUACCCUUGACAUUCAUUGACAUGCCACUGUUGACUUCACUACCAUCAAUCACCUCAGGGUCACAGUGAUAAGGAAGUCUCCAGGAGGUUGGGUAGAUCUCUACCCAAGUAGAGCAGUGAGACAUACCCAGAACUACUAAGUUAUAGCAAUGGAUGAGACAAACUGAGUCAAAUCACAGACAGAUGACCAGCAGGAUUAUCUCAUUAUGAUACAGACAGUUAGAAUUUGAUGCUGGGUCCAGAUACCUGACCAUGACCAGAUAGAAGUUGAGGAUUUGUUCUCUUAACUUGUUGGUCUCAAUGUUACAGGGUGAUAUGGGAGAUCACCCUGAAAUGCUGACCUUCCCCCAUUGAUGUUCUUAGUAAACUGUUUACAGGAUAGAAAAAAAACAAAGGAGCUGUGUAUGACAAUCUCAAACACAACAACACAUUGAUUCUGUUCUGAAUGUUUGUCCACCAGCACUUGAAUACCAUAGAUCUUUGAAUGUGGCCUUGCAAAUUCUAGAUAACAUCAAGAUAGGUACCACACCAGUUGUACCAAGGAAAACCUGGAGAUGUGUUCAGUGUAGGGGCGAGAUUUGGAUUAACCAACCUGGAGAUAAAUCUUGUAAAUUAUCUUUGUGUUAUUGAAGGAGUGAACAGAUAUUUUCUUUGUAACACCAGUAUAUCAGUUAUCGAUACCUGGAAAAGAUGCCGUAUCUCAUCCCAGCUUGACACUUGCUCUGUGUCUGAAUGAAGUUUUCUGUUUUAACUUCUCAUUGAAACCCAUUGGAUCCAGGGCCCUGAGAACACACCAGCAGAUCUUCACUCGA